UCUCUCAUCGCUCUGGUCCCUCUUCUGCGCUCCAGGCCACUGCUCGAGUGGGAUUGACAAGAGGCUGGGGAAAGACUGAGGCUCUUGAGCUCCUGAGUUCUGCGCACUGGGCAAGGCGCCUCCUGGUGAUCUGGCGAGCUCAGCUCCCAGGUCAAGCAGGUGCAAGAGCACUGUGCUGUAUCUCCAGCAGUUCUGAGGCUUCUGUGCUCACUCUGUCUUGGUCGUUUCUGAGUUUGAACAUGGUGCAAAAAUACCAGUCUCCUGUCCGAGUAUACAAGUAUCCGUUCGAGCUGGUCAUGGCGGCCUACGAGAAGCGCUUUCCCACCUGCCCGCUUAUCCCAGUCUUUCUGAGUAGUGAAGUCUUGGGCGAGUGGCGAAGCGCAGAUGGGGCGGUGCACACUGUGGAGCGGAGCUGUAAGCUGCGAGUGGAUGGCCCGCGGCUGCUGCGGAAGAUUGCUGGUGUGGAGCACAUGGUCUUCAUUCAGAGAAAUGUCCUGAACUGGAGAGAGAGAACGCUGCUGAUAGAUGCUCACAAUGAGACCUUUGCAAGCCGAGUGACAGUGAAGGAGAGCUGCCGCUACACAGUCCAUCCUGAGAAUGAAGAUUGGACUUGCUUUGAACAGUCUGCCUCCCUGGAUAUCCACUCCUUCUUUGGCUUUGAAAGCACCUUGGAGAAGAUGGCCAUGAAGCAAUACACUACCAAUGUCAAGAAGGGGAAGGAGGUGAUUGAACACUAUCUGAACGAGCUCAUUUCCCAGGGGAUAUCCCAUAUUCCCCGCUGGAUACCAGCCCCAGUUCAGGAGGAGGAUGUCCGCAGCCAGCCUGUGCUCCAGUGCCCUAGCUCCCUGGAGAUGGAUGGUCCCAGUGAUGCCCCAGGCCCUGCUCCUGAGAUGGCCAUGGCUGAUGGGGGCAAGCUGGAUGCAGACUACAUUGAGAGGUGCUUGGGCCAUCUCAGUCCCUUGCAGGAGAGUUGCCUGGUCCAGCUUCGGCACUGGUUACAGGAGACCCACAAAGGCAAGAUCCCCAAAGAUGAGCAUAUCCUGCGCUUCCUGAGGGCACGGGACUUCCACCUGGACAAGGCCCGGGACAUGUUGUGCCAGUCCUUGAGCUGGCGGAAGCAGCACCAGGUGGAUCUUCUUCUGCAGACCUGGCGGCCCCCUGCCCCUCUGCAGGAGUUCUAUGCUGGAGGCUGGCACUACCAGGACAUAGAUGGCCGCCCCCUCUACAUUCUGCGCCUGGGACAGAUGGACACCAAAGGCCUGAUGAAGGCAGUAGGAGAGGAAGCUUUGCUGCAGCACGUUCUUUCUGUCAACGAGGAAGGACAGAAGAGAUGCGAAGGAAACACGAGACAAUUUGGUCGUCCCAUCAGCUCCUGGACCUGCUUGCUGGACCUGGAGGGCCUCAACAUGCGGCAUUUGUGGCGACCUGGGGUGAAAGCCCUGCUGCGGAUGAUCGAGGUGGUGGAGGACAAUUACCCGGAGACUCUGGGCAGGCUGCUCAUCGUGCGUGCUCCCCGCGUCUUCCCGGUGCUGUGGACGCUGGUCAGCCCCUUCAUCAAUGAGAACACCAGGCAGAAGUUCCUCAUCUACAGUGGCAGCAAUUACCAGGGCCCUGGCGGCCUAGUGGACUAUCUGGACAAGGAUGUAAUCCCUGACUUCCUGGGAGGAGAGAGCGUGUGUAAUGUUCCAGAAGGAGGGAUGGUCCCCAAGUCCCUCUAUCUAACAGAAGAGGAGCAGGAGCAGGCUGACCAGCUACGGCAGUGGAGUGAGACCUACCAUUCGGCCAGUGUGCUCCGAGGGACCCCCCAUGAGGUUGCCAUGGAGAUACCAGAAGGGGAGUCGGUCAUCACCUGGGACUUUGAUAUCCUCAGAGGGGAUGUGGUGUUCAGUCUGUAUCAUACAAAGCAGGCCCCCAAGCUCAGUCCCCAGGAGCCUGGGGUCAGAGCCAGUGGGCAGCUGAUCGACAAGAGCUGGGUCCUGGGGGUGGAUUACAGCCGUGUAGAGGCACCCCUUGUCUGCCGGGAAGGGCAGAGCAUUCAGGGUUCCCAUGUUACUCAGUGGCCUGGCACCUACCUACUCCAGUGGCAGGUUUACAGUCCCUCUGAGAGUGUGGCCUGCAGUCUCCCAGGUGUGGAUGAUGUCCUGACAGCUCUGCACAGCCCUGGCCCCAAGUGCAAACUGCUGUACUACUGCGAAGUGCUGGCAUCUGAAGACUUUAGGGGCUCCAUGUCCAGUCUGGAAUCCUGUGCCAGCCGCUUCUCUCAGCUCAGCGCCACCACCUCCUCUUCCUCCUCUGGCCAGUCCCACAGUGGCUCAAUGGUGUCCAGAUAGCUGGCUGGGGACCUGCUGGCAGCCUGUGAGCAUCUGGCAUCAAGCAGUGUUGAGAAUGAGAACGAAGUCCAUCUAGACAAUUGGGACCCUGCUGGAUGCAGAUGGUGUGGUGCCACAGCUGGGGUGUGGUGACCCCACGGCAGGGACCCAGCUCGAUACCUUUGUGCAGAGGGAGCUCCGAUUCACAGCCCUUGAGGGGACAAAGGCAGACAGACCUUUUACUUCUGACUUUCUUUUAAAAGUUGAAACCUGAAUGCUCUACGCCCUGUCCCCUGGAUCUGGAGUCUAGGAUGGGACCAGGGCUGGGCCCCCUCUCACCACUUGCUGUGGCUCCCUCCUCAGGGAGGCAUGUUCUACUGCGGGGUCAUCACUGUUUGGUGGCAGGAAAGUGCACAAGGGAAUGUCUUUUCCCCAAGUCCCAGGCCACUCAGAAGCUCUCCUUAGCCUACUGGGCUGGGUCCAUUCUGAGCCAAUCACAGUUGCAGUGAAGGAGCACGUGAUUGCCAGCAGGGUCAUAUGUCUAAUCUGGAGCAAUCGCUGUGAACUGGGUGCAGUGUAGUGGUUGGCCAGCUUGGAUUACAGGACAUUUCUGGAGCCAAUCACGUGCUCUGGAAAGGGCAAGGUAGGCUGAAGGACUACUGGGGUGGGUGACUGGGUAGAUGGUCGCCUUAGACUUUAUUAUUUAGCUGUUUGUGACUGAGGACUGUCCAAGGAGUUGUGAUGGGGAGGCAGGGCUCUGCUUCCUGCAGGAAACAGCCUACCUUGGACUGUAGUUCCGUUUUCUCCUCUGUGGCGCACUUAGCCUUGACCACCCCUGACUUGAGGAACAUUGGGAAGUCCAGGGCUUCUGCCUGGUUCCAGGUGGUGAUGGGGUGGUGAGGUAACUCCAGCCAUUUGUGUCUCCCUCCACAGGUCUUUUCUUGAGGCACCGCUCCCUUAAGCUUUUUUUCUUUUUUUAACCUAAAAACCCUUAUCUCUGAGUGGCGGACAUUCCCGGGCAGUCCAGGAGAACUUAGUUCAGGCUUGAUGGGAAGCAGAGCCUCAACCUGGUGCUGGGGAUCCCCUGAGGGUGGAGGUGGGGUUUCUAUAGUGCUGGGGAUCCUCUUGGGGUGGAGGUGGGAUCUCCAUCCUAGAGUUGAUCUGACUCAGGGACUUCUCCGAGACUGACAUGACCUUCCCAAACACUCCAUAGGGGAGUUGUGGGCGCUCUUGGAGACCAAGGACUUAUCUCUUUUUAUUUCCUGGAUCCACAGAAGGUGAGAGGUCACUGUUUGGUGACUUUCGACCAGUCUCAGCCUUCCUAUGAUGUUUUCCCUAGAGAGUGGUUUAAAACUUGAGGCAUGGCAUGUAGAAAUCAGGAUUUCUGGGUUUCCUUAGCCCACACUGGUUUCCACCCCUUCCAACCAGCGCUGACCCACACCGAGGCCCUGGGUUUCUGCCUGACUGAAGCUUUGCCCACAGUUCCCACCUGGCUCAGAAGUCUUCAUUUGCUCUUCUCUGUCAGCCUGGCAUAGAGUUAGAAUCAUUUCUACAGGUCACCAGGCUGAGAGGAGUGGUUUCUGGCUGUGGGGCCCAGUGGGCAACCAUGGACUUCAUGUUGGCAGCACCCCCAAAUCCAGAACAGUAAGAAGGGGUCCCUUGAAGAGAGGGCCUUCCAGUGAUGGAAAUCCUGGUCAGAAUUCUGCCCUUUUCUGCUCUUCAGAAAUAGCAAUGGAACAUAGGAUGUGUGUGCCUUUGUGUGUGUAUGUGUGUGCGUUUAUGUGUGUGUGUGUGUCCUCCAGAGAGACACUGAAAACCAGUUGUAUCCAAAUCACCAAGAGCAGCAAUUAGUGAUAUUUUCAAUGACUAUUAUUAUUAUUAUUAUUAUUAUUAUCAGGCCUUGUUCAUGCUGGGCAAUCACUACCACUGAGCCACAUGCAAGGCCCACUUCUGUGGUGAUUGUUUUGUUUUGUUUUGUUUUGAUAUGCUUUCAUGUAUCCUGACCUUGAACUCUGUGCAAGGCUAAGGAUGACCUGAAGCUCCUUCUGCUUCUGCCUCUAAAAGUUUGAGACGUCUGGUAUGUGCCAGUAUGCCUUCGUGCAGUGCUGGCUGUGUUCAUGCUGGAUGAGCAUUCUCCCACCAUCCCUCCCUCCCAGCCAUCUCAGUGACCUUGAAAUGCACUGCUAACCUGACUCUGCAACCAAAGCUGACUCAGUCACAAGUGCUCAGGGAGGAGCUGCCGGCAGCCUUUGCUCAUUUGCCCUGCAGACACUGUAACGAACAGAGUGUAAGAGGGGCCCGGGGGAUCUUUCCCUCUCUUUCCACCCUCAGCUAAAACCAUUUGAUCAAGGGAAUUCCUUGGUCCUUUGCUUGGGGUGGCAGAAAAGGGUCUUGCUGCAGAUAUGGCUGGCCCCAGCAGGGUUCCCAGCUGUACUCGGGCCUCUUAACUCAACAUCUCUUUGCACACUUGCCUCAAACCCUCUCCCCAGCCCUCUCCCCGCUGAGAGGCCUCUGUCAGCAGCUCAGAACUACUGGAGGGAUCCCAGAGUCUAAGAGAAAGAUGCCCCUAACUGCAAUCUCCUAAAACAUUCUGACUGGCCCUGCUCAGGUCACACAUAGCACUCCCAGACCAGCAAGGUCUGGGAAAUACGAAGUCCUUCUGGAGGAGGGCUGGGUUGUAACAGGAACAGAUGGCAGUGAUGGCAUCCACUGUGCCCUCCUACAUUGGCACUCGGGAAAGCCAGCAACUAAAAAUAACUCAAGGGUGCUGGGGAGAUGACUCAGGUGGUAAAAUGACUGAGGUACAAGCACGUCAACCCGCAUUUGCAUCCCCAGAAGCCAUGUAAAAAGCCAGACACAGAGAUGCACACCUGUAAUCUCAGUGCUGGGUGGAGACAGGAGGAUAGCUGGAGCUCACUGACCAGUACAGUUCGAUGAGCUCCAGGUUCAAUGAGAGACCCUGUCUCAAAACAGUAAAGUGGAGAGCCAAUGAAGACACCUGACAUUAACCUUCGGCCCUCGCACAUGCACACACACACACACAUGCACACAUACACGCACACACACCACACACAAAUCCCACAGAGGGCCUGCCAGCUGUCCGUGGCCUUUCCUUCCCCACCCCUCAGGGCAGAGAAGCAUGUGGUGUGGGUUCUGUCUCCACUCUGUUCAUCUGUCCACUGUGGCCAGAUAGGAUCAUCCUAUAGCAAUGUGACGAUAGCCUUGAAACCCCAGCCUUUCUUUCACUAGCUGUGAAACCUCGUGCAGGUAUCUUGAUUUCUCUGUGCCUCAAUUUCCUCAUCUGUAAAAUGGGGACAGCAGUGCCUACCUCACCGGGUGACUGUGGGACAAAGGAGAAUGUGGCUGGAAAGGCCUCCACAUACAGAAAGCAGUCAGGGAGCGCACUGUUGGGAUCAGGGGCUUUCGAAGUGCUGAGUGCUUUUCUAUCCUGGAAUCCGGGGACGUUUCCCAUAACUCUGAAAAACGAAUUAUCCAGCAGGAAACAUGUCCUUCUUUUCAUUGAGCUGGAGAAACAGGUGUCUGCUUGAUCCUGAGAUCUGACAGAAGCAUUAAACAUUUUACAUUUGAA